AUGGCGACCCCGCCACCGCAAGGCUCGGGUCGCGGCGUACCUGUUUCGAUACCGCUGCCCGCUGGCAUGCCCCCGAUCCAGCCAGGCCAGCGUCCAACUCCCGAGCAGAUCCAAUAUGUUCAGCAGAAGCUGCGAGUCGAUGCUGAGGCUGCGGGCAUGACUGUGCCCGAGUUUAUAGAGCAGAUCCGGAAGCAGGCUGCCCAACGAGCGCAACAGCAAGGACAGGCGCAAGAAGGCCAAGGGCCUCCGGGACAGCCAGGCCCGGGAGGACCACAAGGCCAGCAGCAGCCGGGCGGCCAAGGACAGCAGCAGCAGGGACAACCGAAGCCGCACCAGCAUGGCCCUCCGCAGCAAAUGCGCCCCCAGCGCCAGGCGAUCAACCCAGGUCCGCCCAAACCCGAGGCCCUAGCCAUGGCCAAGUUCCUUCGGAGCCAGGAUCUGAAGACUCGCACGUGUAUCCUCAACGGAGAGCGUAGAGACAUGUUUCGGGUCAAGCGAGCUCUCCGAGCCCUCGAGUCACCCGCCUACGAGAAAGCGCGCAAGAAGAACCCACUCCUCCCCGAGAUUAAGGAUAGGGCCUCGCUCGAGAAUGCCUUCAAGCUCCUCCCGCUCAGCAUGCUUGCCCUCAGGGUCAAGCAGAUUGACCCUCCACCUGGCCCGAACGGCAAGAAGGCCAAGCGUGUCAAGGGCCAGUGGAAUGUGAAGAUUGAGCAGCAGCAAGAAGCUGGCGACGAUAUGUACUACGCGUGGCUCUACGAGGGCAGCCAGGUAAAGCGCCAGCUGUAUGCUGCCUUGGCCCUCGUCGCCAUCUUUGCCGUGGUUCUCUACCCGCUCUGGCCGCUCAAACUCCGCCUGGGCGUGUACUACCUGAGCUGGGGCAUGCUGGGCCUGCUUGGCCUGUUCUUCUUGAUGGCCAUUUUCCGUGUCAUUCUGUUCUGCAUCACUUACUUUGCGGUACCCCCCGGACUUUGGCUGUACCCGAAUCUGUGGGAGGACGUGUCCUUCAUGGACAGCUUCCGACCCGUCUGGGCAUGGCACGAGACUGAGAAGCCCAAGAAGAAGAAGAAGUCCAAGGCCGAGGGCGGGGGUGCGGGCGCGUCCAGUGCCGCUUUCGCUGCCUCCACAGGUCAGCCUGCUCCUGCUUCUGCUACGACCACUGGCACCGACACACAGGUCAACUCGGGCGAAGUCCAACAGCGUUCGUACGUGGCCCCCAAGGUCGAAGAGGACGGGAACGACGAUGCCUAA